CGAAGCCGCGGGCUGAGCCGGAGGCGGUAGCUGCCGGACGGUUGGCUCCUGCAUUGGGGCCCCGACCCGAGCCGCGGCGGGAAGUGAGGCCGCAGCCGGUACCGGGGAGGGGCGGGGAGCAGGAUCCUCGGCGCGGGCGCUCCUGGUUCCGACCCGGCUCCGCCUUCCGCGUGCUGCGCUGUGCGCCCGGCCCUGCACGGCGAGCAGUUUCCCUCCGCGUGCGCGGCCCUGGCCUCCUGAGGGUGCCGCUCGGGCUUCCCUGUCCCCGGAGACAGCCGGGCGAGGGUCGAUCGGGGCGCAGAGGGAGUCCCGGGCCGUGGGGGCCCCGCGCCCUGCGGCCUGGUUCCUUGGUUUACCCCCUGCGCCCCGUCCCUCCAGGCCGCGGAAGAUGACCACACUCACGCGACAGGACCUCAACUUUGGCCAAGUGGUGGCCGACGUGCUCUGCGAGUUCCUGGAGGUGGCCGUGCACCUAAUCCUCUACGUGCGCGAGGUCUACCCCGUGGGCAUCUUCCAGAAACGCAAGAAGUACAACGUUCCCGUCCAGAUGUCCUGCCACCCGGAGCUGAACCAGUACAUCCAGGACACGCUGCACUGUGUCAAGCCACUUCUGGAGAAGAACGACGUGGAGAAGGUGGUGGUGGUGAUCUUGGACAAGGAGCACCGCCCGGUGGAGAAGUUCGUCUUUGAGAUCACUCAGCCUCCGCUGCUGUCCAUCAGCUCCGACUCUCUGCUGUCCCACGUGGAGCAGCUGCUCCGAGCCUUCAUCCUGAAGAUCAGCGUGUGUGAUGCUGUCCUGGACCACAACCCCCCAGGCUGCACCUUCACAGUUCUGGUGCACACAAGAGAAGCUGCCACCCGAAAUAUGGAGAAGAUCCAGGUCAUUAAGGACUUCCCCUGGAUCCUGGCAGAUGAGCAGGACGUCCACAUGCACGACCCCCGGCUGAUCCCCUUGAAGACCAUGACAUCAGACAUCUUAAAGAUGCAGCUCUACGUGGAAGAACGAGCUCACAAAAGCAGCUGAGGUGCGCCUGCCACCCUGAUGAGGGGGUCUCCAGCCCAGGGCGGCGCUGCAGGGCCACCCAGACUCCAAGUGCUCUUACUGCCUCUGUGUACAGAUGCCACCUCCAGCCCAGGGCUGCUCAGGCUGGUGGUCUUCAUGGACAAGGCCUCCCUAGGAGGGCAGUCGGGACACUGGGACCGUGAUGUCUUGGUCUCUUGGCUUCGGCUGGCCAACACUGUCUGUCUCAAAAACUGUGCUGUGAGUUACUUCAAUAAAAGGGCCCCAAGGGCUGACUGGGCUGUCACUAACUAGAGCGGUGACAAGUGCAGCGAGCCACCCUGGGCUGCUUCUCUGUCCGGGUGCCAGCAGCCCACCCCACCUGUAAACUCAA